GGCGGAAAAAACAGCAAGGAACGAUUUACGGUCACGUGACACCUGUAAACGAGCGAUCUCUUUAGGGUUGGCUGGGCAAUAACUAGGUCAUUGAUAGUAAACGAGUGUGAAUCCUUAUAAGGAGGCAUAUUUAGAAACCCAAGAACCAGCCAUGAAUGUGGCCAGGAAAUCAACCACAAAAUUACCUCAUAACUGGUCUCAUAUACAAGCAAAAGAAGAUGAGACUGACAGUGGUAUUGGCUCUACAGAUUCAACAGACUAUCACGACUCAACCAAUGACAACUUUCAAGAAGUGCUUUUCAAUCUGAAGGCCCUCAAUGGGGCAACGGAUGUUCUUGAGACAGAAAGGCUGAAUAUGAGGGAGUCGCAGGUGUCCAAUACAGGUGUACAAAAGGAAAAGAAAAGUUUGCCUGUUUCUGCCGCAAUAGAAUAUGAGAAGAAUAAGAAUGAAGAUCAAGAUCUGCUUGAUCAGAUUAAUGAUAUUGUCAAUGAAGGCAAAACAAAUGCUUCUCACACAGAUCAUGUCACUGGCAAUGGUCAGAAUAAAGAUGUGACUGUGGCUCCUACUAGUUUUCCUACCACAGAUGAAGAUGAAGACAUGGUGAUGAUUAUUGGAGACGAUACAAAGGAAGAGGACAGCAAAGAACUGAUACCAAAAGACAAAAAUGGAGCAGGAGCCUCAAAGAAACAUCCCUUGAGAAUUGGGGAUAAGGUGCGCAGUACUGUGCAUAGCAUAAUGUCCAAGCUUGUACAAAGUGGCAGUCCUGAAGUGAGCAGUCUGUUGAAUAAAGUGAAAACAGAUGACUGUGUGGAAACUGCCUCAUCCCCUGAAACCCCUUCAGUACCUUUGGCAAGACUUGACAAGGGCAAUCUCUUUGACAAUCUGGACUUUGAUAUUUCUGAUAAAGAAAGUAAGCUUUCAAAGUUAAAGGCGGAAUCCUUAUCAGGUGAUGAAAAAUCUGUACCAAGUGAAAAAGACUGUAAACGACUUUCUGCUCUAUCUAAUGAUGAUGAGAAAGCUUGCAGCAAUCCAUAUAAGCAAAGAAAUGACAUUGCAGAGGUUUCCAGUAACUCAUUAUCAAAGUCAGAGACAGAUAUUUUAAACAAUAGUGAUUUUUCAGCAAAUCCAAAAGACAAUUCUUCUGGUGACCAACAUUCAUUAACUCAAUCCACAUCAGCAGUGUCUGAUCCAAAAGUUGACUUAAGUGAUAAAAAAACAAAUUCCGUGACAAAAUGUGAUGAUUCUGAGGGUCCAGAACAAGAACCGAAUAGUUGGUCUAAUUCUUGUCAGGGAAAUCAAAAUUCUUGUGAUGUUUCUGGUUUAGGUAGUCAAUGUGCAGACAGUGAUAAAGAAAAAAUUCUUCCAGAGAAUGCAUGUGGGAGUUCAGAGUGUGAAAGAAAGGACAUGCUUCUAAAGGAAAAAGAGGAUGAGCAAAAAUUUCUGGAUACUUCACUACAAAGCCAUGAUCAAGAUAAUAAUAAAGAUAAUGAUAACGAGAAGGAACAUGAAAGAAAAAGGCAGCAUGAGAAAAAGAAUCGGAGUCUGAUAGCAGUCAGCCUGCCAAACGCUCACGAUUAGACUUAAUGAUAGGGAAGCUAGGGGAAAGAAUUAGCA